CCUGACCUCUGUCUGGACAGUGCUGAUUGGCCCUGUGCUGAUCACUUGCACUCUCCCAAGAAAAAAAAAAAAACCUCUUUACCAAUACACACCAAACUGAGCAUGUGCAUGCCUAUGGUUCAGUCUAGAGAUAAGACGUGGACAUUUGAGCAAGAGGAGGGGCAAAGAAGUCAGAAUCAAACAGCCUUUUUACACUAUGCAGAGGAUUAACCCCUUAGGUUCCACAGUGAGUAUAACAAGCAUGCUUUACUGCAUAUACAGACUGAUUUUACUGCUGUGGGUUUAGUAACACUU